GUGUGUGGGAUGAGAAGAAGCGCCGUGUGGGCAACCAGGGAAAAACAUACAGUAUCAGCUGUGCGCCGUAGCACAAAAUCAAAUCGGGGGCCAACGGCUAGCUGGCCGUAGUACCUGCCCGCAGCGCAGCGUAGUGGUCGUGGCAAAAAGGGGUUUAAUGCGCGUGGUGGCGGAGGAGGCUGGAGGAUGCGCGGCGGUGUGGUGGAAAUGAAGCGAGAUUUUAUGGCGCAAGGCACGCCAGUCGGUAGCCGUACCCGGGCCCAACAGUCGCAAACAAUACUCAUUAAGACCGAGCGUCGGGGUUUUUAGUUUAAUGCUGCUAGUCGUCGAUUUCGGAAGUUUUGAAGCUUGAACCUCGCUCGCAGUGGCGUGCGUGCGUGUCAGACAUUAUACAUAUAUAUACACACGCACUUCAAAACGUGAAUCGAUUGGUUUUUACUUCCCGAUAAGUUUGGCCCUUCAGUUUCGUAGAUCGAACGAUCGAAUAUCGUGAAGUUGACAGCAUCAGCAUCCUUGAAGACUUGCGGAUUAUCACGAACACAGAGAUCAGCAUGACUGCGGCCAACGUUUGGCGAGUGAUUUUUCGGUGCAAAACACUGUACACCGCACACUAGUGAACCUCAAGGACUACUGCUGCCCGGGAGAAGCGAUCCUGCGAUCGACACGGUGCCGGAAAUGUCUUGCCGCGUCCACGAAAACCAAUAUCAUAGUGCAAAUUUUUACGGUACGUCGGUAACUGGCUUCCAUCGUUUACCACGCCAUUUUACAUCGGGUUGGUAUUGAACAGCGGGGGGGGGCUUUCGUUUGGCGGAGAUCAAGUGAAUGUGCUGCCGGGGCAAAAGGGGGCCCCAACAAAUAGCGAGUAACCGAAAAUCGUUCGAUUUGGUGCGCGGCUUUGGACGGUGUGCAAUCAACUGCGAAAUUUUAAGAGUUCGUGUCUACGAUGCAUCUCACAAUCAACAGCGCACCAACACUUAGUAAUGGAAGCGGUGGCGGCGGUGGUGGUGGUGGUGGUGGAGGUGUCGGCGGAGGAAACAAUGGACCGUCGAACGGUGGUGGAACAGGUGGCAGUGGUGGUGGUUUGAGUGGUUGUGCUCCGAACGGCAAUGCCCACACCGGACACCAUGGUGGAGCAGGCGGCGGUGGUGGUGGUGGUGGUGGUGGUGGUGGCGGUACUGGAGGAGGUACCGGCAGUAACGGCACCGGCACCAGCGGUGGUGGCGGCGGCGGAACCGGCAACGCUGGCGGCACCGCGACCAACGGCAACGGAUCGAGCACGGGUGCCGGCGGCGAAAGUGGCCCACCGUCGGCGGCCAGCAUCCUGAACGAUACGUACACCAAAAUGACGUCGGACAUACUGGCGGAACGGACGCUGGGCGACUUUCUGUCCGAGCACCCGGGCGAGCUGAUCCGAACCGGGAGUCCUCUGUUUGUGUGCACAGUGCUGCCCCCGCACUGGCGCUCGAAUAAAACACUUCCGGUUGCGUUCAAGGUCGUCGCGCUCGGUGACGUCGGUGACGGCACGAUGGUGACGGUGCGGGCCGGCAACGAUGAAAACUACUGCGCCGAGCUGCGUAACUGCACCGCGGUCAUGAAGAACCAGGUGGCCAAGUUUAACGAUCUGCGUUUCGUGGGCCGCAGCGGCCGUGGCAAAAGCUUUACGCUGACCAUCACUAUAUCAACAAGUCCGCCGCAGGUGGCCACCUACAACAAGGCAAUCAAGGUGACGGUGGACGGACCACGGGAGCCAAGAUCGAAAACAACAUCUUUCGUAGGACAACAGCAGCAGUUCCAUUUCGCGUUCGGACAACGGCCAUUCCACUUCCCGACCGACCCAUUGUCCAGCUUCCGGAUGCCGCCACUAGGUAAUUGUCAGAAUAUGACCCAAUUUGGGCUCAGCUCGACCAACUCGCACUGGAGCUACAGCUCCACGGGUCCCUACUCACCGUAUCUAACCUCCUGCACAACCCCAACCGCAUCCCAGUUCAACAAUCCGGCCCUCGGGUUCACGUGCAGCUCGGGCGAACAGAACGGUGGCCAGGAGUUUUCGGCUUCAGCGCGCGAUUGCGUCACAAUGCUGCCGGACUCGACGGCGGCCGACCUCGACCAGCACCUGAGCAGUCUGGUGGGAGCAACGCAGCAAGCCACCAGCCACAUGGUACAGACGAACAUCAUAACGGGCGGUGGAGGUGUCACCAGCAACACGGGCAACGGUGGUGGUAACGGUGCGGGCAGCAACGGUAACGGCCUAACGCCCCAGAUUCCGACCCACAUUUCGAACGGGUUGAUUGUGCCCCGGUACGCCCAGACGGCCGGCACCAACAACCAUGCGGACGCGUACGGGCUUACCAGCAGCCAGAGUGAACCGCGCAGCCUAAGCGAUUCGUCCCAGGCCGAGUCACCGGUGCAGGAUGACUUGCUGUCGUCCAACACGCCCAACCUUGGCAGCAGCGGUCCGAGCUCCACCACCGGCGGCGGUAGCGGUGGGGUAGGUGGUGGAGGUGGUGGUGGUGGUGGCGGUGGAGGUGGUGGUGGUGGAGGUGGCGGCGGUACUGGUGGUAGUGGACAUCAUCAGAACUUCACCAGCAUAGUGAUGAACCAGAGCAAUGGCGGCUCGAACGCGUCCACCACGUCCAACUACGUCGGCUCGAACGGCACCGGCAGCUGCAACGGUUCGCCGCUCUACCCCGUCCUUCCCGCCAGCCUGCUCUACUCGCAGCUCUACACAGCGGCCAACCAGUCCGUGGGUGGGUUCGGCCAUUCGGUCAACCACCAUCACCAUCACAUCCAGUCGCCGCACGGUGCGGCUGCGGCGGCUGCUGCGGUCGCCGUCGCUACCGGUGGCAGCCCGGUGCAGAACAGUGCGUCGGCGGCGGCUGCGACCGCGGCUGCAGCGGCCAUGCAUGCCGGCGAGCUGCAGAGCGUGAUGGAUCACCUGACGGCCGGUACGAAUCAGGCGGCGGCUGUAGCGGCGGCAGCCGUCUCCCAUCGGCAUCACCACCACCACCAUCAUCACCAUCAGGCGGGUGCGAACCUGAUCGGCGGCCAUGGACACGGUGGCCAGGGUGGUGGUGGUGGUGGUGGGGGCGGAAACUCUCACCCGGAUCUGUCGCUGAUCGGGAAUUGUGGGGCGAUGGCCCGCGGUGCACUGGACGAGACGGGCCAUCGGGUGCUGGGGGGUGGAGGUGUCGGUGGUGGACGACUCGGCGGACCACCGGGUGGGUCCGGCCAGGUAGGGCAGGCGGCAGGUGACAACGGCAAUUCCGUUUGGCGGCCAUACUGAAACCGACCCCUCGCAGCGGUGUCCAUGGCGGACACCUCCACCUGUCCACCACCGCUCUCCAUCGCCUCCCUUCCCUUCCUUUCGUCGUCCUCGUGUUCCUCCGAUUCGCCGGCUACGUUCGGUUAGAAACGCUUGGAUGCAAUGCGCGAGGGCGCCACCUAGCGGCAACAGUGGGAAUCGCGCGACCACGAAUCUCGGAAAAAGAAAACCGAACGGCGACGAAUCGAGCCAAACUGUUGAACAUUGGUAUUUUAAUCACGCUUUUUGUACAUACACCACACCAAUUACAUACACCACUACCCCCGCGCACUGGGCCUGCACCUGUUCCCUGCACCCGGAAUCGUAUCCUCUUACCGAUCAAUGUAGAGCUGCUAGGCUCGCAACGCAUAGAGAAGAUUUUCUUCCAUCCCUCUACGAAGAGCGAAGAAACGCGAAAAAAACGAAAGUAAAAUACAUCAGGUGUAGGAAUUGCGGACGGGGGAGGACUAGUAAAAUGCAGUUAUAUCUAUUAUAUGUCCAAACAAACGGUGGUAAACGUAGUAGAGUAAACGUAGCAUGAUUCAUAUUUGUGGUAAGUUUGUAAAAAAAAAAAAACAAUUAAUGCGGGACAGACACAGGUUGAUGAUGGCGUCUGAUACAAGUUGAGCGCAACACCUAUUACACGCUGCUAGAGGGUAGUAAGCUGAGACGCACCAGGACGCACAGUCAACCCACACACACACACACUUACUAGCCGCCUCCUAUCCAAAUCUAAUGCGUAGGCCAUGUUACCAAUUUACAAUAGGAUCAGACAGGCAACACAAGAGCGGGAAGUGCUACUAAGCUUCAGGAGCGAUAUCGCCCAUGGCCCUUCCCGGACGUGUCCCGGAUCUCCGGUAGAUACUCGCCGGACAAAGAAAUACGAUAGAAACGAAAUCGGGCGCUUUGGCUGCCCAAACCUAAGCAAUGAUUGUAUCUAAACUGCUGCUCUACUCCGCCUCCAGAUCUGCAAAGGCAAAAAAAAAACAACGUGUAGAACUCGCCUAUUGAAUCGGUGCUUUCAUCUAGCACAGUAGACAGUCGAUUUCUGAUAUUAAAAUAAUGUUUCCACUAUUGAUGGUUUAUCAAUAAAAGUUAAAAAAA